CUGUGGGAAGACACGCUGUGUGUUCCUUACGCAACGCUGUAAAGAGGAAACUGAUCUGCUGAUGGAAGCUGCUCGGAGCUUGCUUUAUGUUCAAAUCUCCUGCAAUGGUUUUUCAAGACAAAGCUGAUCCCUAGAGAGCAUAUGCUGGUGUUGAACUGUACAUUGAACAAGAGAGUCGCGUGUGUUGCCGUAAUCAUCUACACCACAGGACUGUUCUUAAAUGUAAACACAGAUGUGUACACUCUCCUCUACAAGACCGUGAGCAUCUGUUGCUUGUAGCGGAAGCGGCGCUGGUUGUAAAUUACAGGUUGAACGGCUGCACGCGACCCCCAUAGGGUGUAAAUUAUAGCAGAAGGAAACUAAAUUCAGAGUUGAAAUGCCGACGCGUAAACGAUGCUUUGUUGCGUUAUGCUGUCUGAACGAGGAGCUGUGAGGAGGUUUGCGCUGCCGGGCCGGGCUGCACAAGCCCCGCUCGGUCACUGCUCGGGGCACCGUGCGGGGCGUGGGGCACGCCGAGCUCCCGGUAUGGAACAGCCUGGUUCAAUAGUCUCCCCGCCCGGGCCAACUUCUUCGGGAGAGCGCACGCCGACGCGGGAGCCCCUGGCGGCCGCGCUCGCCAAUGGCUCCGGCCGGCGCCGCCGGCAGCGGGCGGAGCGGAGGCGGGCGGGUUUGAAAGGGAGGCGCCGGCUGCCAUGUAAGCGCUGGCCGGGAGCGCCGCGGCCGGCAGGGGCUGAGCUGGCAGCGGCCGCCGCUCCGGCCCGUGCCGCCCUCGCCCCGGGCAUGGGAGCGGAGCGGAGCAGGGUGGCCGGAGCGGAGCUGCCGUGGGGGCGGCCCCCGGGAAGCCCCUAGCCCAUGGCCUUCAUCAUGAUGAAGAAGAAGAAGUUCAAGUUCCGCGUGGAGCUGGAACUGGACGAGCUUUCCUCCGUGCCCUUCGUCAACGGCAUCCUCUUCUGCAAGGUGCGGCUGCUGGACGGGGGCAGCUUCAGCGGGGAGUCCUCCCGGGAAGUAGUACAGGCAAACUGUGUCCGCUGGAAGAAGAAGUUCUUCUUUAUGUGUAAGAUCAGUGCCAGUGCCACAACAGGGAUUCUGGAUACUUGCACUUGCAGGGUGUCUGUACGGAAGGAAUUAAAAGGAGGAAAGGCAUAUGCAAAGCUGGGAUUUGCAGAUCUAAAUCUAGCAGAAUUUGCUGGAUCAGGAAAUACCACUCGUCGCUGUUUACUGGAAGGUUAUGAUACCAAAAAUACAAGACAAGACAACUCCAUUCUCAAAGUUUUGAUCAACAUGCAGCUGAUGUCUGGAGACCCGUGCUUUAAAACGCCUCCUUCCACAGCAACAUCUAUAGCAAUUGCUGGAGAAUCAGAGUCUUUGCAUGAAGAUAGGAAAGGUGGAGAAAACUUAAAAGUAGCACAACUGGGUAUAGCAGAUGUCUCAUCAAAGAGUGCCUCAGUCCCAGAUGAACUUGGUGCAUGUGGACAUUCCAGAACAUCAAGCUAUGCAAGUCAGCAAUCAAAAUUGUCAGGAUAUAGCACAUGUCACUCUAGAUCAUCCAGUCUGUCUGAACUCUGCCACAGGAGAAACACCUCAGUGGGGAGCACCUCAGUGGGGAGCACCUCAGUGGGAAGUACCUCAACAGGAACUGGAAGUAUUCUAGAGCCAUGUGAAGAGACUGAGCCAAAAGUAACUGAAGCUGAUAUUGAGACAUCUACUGAAGGUGCACCACCAGAAAAACAAUUCAGACAUCCUGUAAAGCAAGACUCUGUGGAGUCACAGCUGAAGAGGGUUGAUGCUACCAGAGUUGAUGCUGAUGAUAUAGUUGAAAAAAUACUCCAGAGUCAAGACUUCAGUUUAGACUCAAGUGCAGAAGAAGAAGGUUUAAGAUUAUUUGUGGGCCCUGGUGGAAGCACUUCUUUUGGAAGCCACCAUCUACCUAACAGAGUAGGAUCUGGCGCUUACGAGCAGGUGGUGAUAAAACGCUAAACUGGAAUAUCAAAUGAGGAAAACUUGGCGCUCCGGUGUUGAUACUUCUGGUAUUGUUUGCUCUGCUGCAAGAGCUAAGAAUGACAAAAUGAACUCAAUGUGAUCUUUUUCUGAAAAGGAGUGGAAUGCCUCUUGCUCAUAGAGCAUCAUCUUCUGUGGUAUGAAGGCAAUGUUUAGCUAUGUGUACCUUGUGAGAGCAUUUGGACCAUUUUUGUAAGCUCUGUCUGAUGCUGGUGGAAUUACUUAAUUUCUGUGAAACAUCUGUGGAAGCAUGUCCCAUUUCAAUAUUUUAUAUAAGAGAUGAUUUGCAGUGAUGGACUUUGUUCGUAACGCUGUUUUUAAAAAAAAAAGUUUGAAAGUUGGUCUUAAAAGAACCUGAAAAGACUAAUUACUGAAUUUGAUCCUACAUGCCAUUUUAGUUUUACAGAAGCUAAUUACUCCUAUCAAGUCAGUUUUUAUCAGGUCAAAGUUAUGGACUCCAAAAAACGGGCCAGCUAUGUUUUAACAUAACCAAAAUCUUCUCUUAAGAGUACUGAGCACAACUUCAACAGAAGAGGUGAACGUCACGUACAUUUAAAACAAAUCCCCAAAACUAAAUAGAUCUGACCAGCCACUAAUCAGUUGUGUUAACUGGAAAUUAAGGCUACAGGUUUACAUGCGUCAAAUGUGACUUCUUUUUGUUCAAGUGAUGAAAAAGGUGGGAUUCCACACCAAAACACUAAGGCACAAUAGCGUUUCAUUAAGAAAGCUGCCUUGAUUGUUACAUCUGGAGUUCAGCAGCUGCUCCCACAGAAACUCACUUCCAUAAUGCAUGAACAUUGAGAUUCAAUGGGAUGGUACUGUUUACAAACCUAGUCAGUAGUUUACUACCACUUAAUUUUUUAAAUUGUAGUUUAAUCCUUCACAGUCAGUGCUUUGCUUGUGUUUUGAAUGUGCCUUGCAGGAUUGGAGGUGUACAGGGAGACUAAACCAUUUACUAAGGAAUUUAAGCUUUAAAACUAGGUAAACAUCUAUAUAUACUAUUAUUAAUGUAACUUGUUAAGAGAAGCACUUUAUUGUAGACAUACUCUGCACACUGAAAAAGUCUUAGUGUGCAACAGCUUUGUUGAACACUUCUUUUGCUAUCUGUCCACUGUUACAUUAGGUCAAUGUACUGUAUUUAAAUUUGCACAAGUAGUGAUUGCCUGACAGGCAAGAAAGAGCUCUUUAAAUUUUCAUUGAGAAUAUGAAAGAAUCCAUUUUUACAGGGAUGUGUUGGGUAACAAAUAGGUGUAAUUAAUUGUAAACUGCAAAUGAUUUAAUUUUUUUUUUAAUUUAGUGGUAGUGCUUAUCAGUUAAGGCCUGGAAUAUGUAAAAAUAGUGUUGUCACUUUUGAAAGCUCAGAAUGCUCCAAAUUUUGCUCAGAGCAAUGUCUGACACCUUUUUAUUGAUGUAAAAGUAGGCCAUAUUUUAUAGGUUAAAUAAGCAAAAGCAGACUUUGUUUUCCAUAAAUCCAUAGUAGAAUUACUGAAUUUUUAUUUAUAUUUUUAAUGAAAUUUCAGCCUUCAAAGCCAGAAUGCUGUUAUUGAAAAUUAUGAAUAUGAGCUAUUUCUCAGUUUUGGUACUUGCAUACUUGUAUUUCUACUGUUAAUUAUGAUCUCUUUAGAGUAUCUAAUUAGGUAAAAGAAUUAAUACAAAGAUUCUAUUUUAGCUGCUCUUAAUAGAAGUGUGAUAUUAUCAGUUUCUGUUUUCCACAGGAAUUUUAAACAGAAACUACUCAACUGCUGGUAUACAACUCUCUCUCAGAACAUUAUAGUCUCCUUUUCUAUUAUAUAACUAAUUCAUACCAAAAAAUCCCAUUGCAAGCAAAAGAUGCCAGAAAUUUGAACACAUUCUUUGCUUUCAGUGGUCUUUGACACUGCUAUACUUGUUGACGUAUCCAUUAAAACUAGUAGUAGCUAAAUGGUAGUUUACUUACAUUUACUAGGAAAACUCCAUGUAGUUUGAGGAAAACAGACUUUUCAAAAACACUGUACAGCUGCUUAUGUAAUUCUCAAGGAAAUUUCCAUAUCAUUUGAUGUUAAACAACACAGCCGAUGGUCAUAGAUUAGAUGAUUUGUUUACUAGAAACAUUAUCUUCUUGCCUGAGCAGAUAUUUUAAAUAAUAGGGAAAUUGACAUAGAAAUCCAGCUUUUCAUAAAACUGUAUCUUAGUCAUUUAUUCUUCUGACUUGACUUACAACUCUUCAGGAAGUGAUAAUCUAAUUGUGCAUCAUGUAAGUGGAACAUAACCUUCACAUUUAGGUGCUGUAUUUUCUUUUUUGUAAAAUAUGUUAUAUGAAUACUGGAGACUUCCAUGUUGUUAACUGUUCGGGAUGUACUGGUGGAUUAUGUGUUUUUUUAACUGUAUUUGAAUACAAAUCUCUCAGACAUUGAAUAAACUCCUGUCUUCAGCUUGGAAUCCGUUCCUAAA